GACGCACUACGGCGGCCGUGAGGUUCGGAUCCCUGAGUUUGUUACCCAGAGGUUCCGCUUCCUCUCAGCCAGGUUCCUCCCCGGACCGAGCAAAGAACUUCGCUUGGAAUACCCGGGGAGUGAGACACGAAUAAAGUUGGUGUCGUUUUUGAAGACCAUAUCGUUUUUCACGGUCGCGGGACUCUACGUGUGAAAUCUCAGUGUCGAAUCUGGGCUUCAAACGAACUAAAAAUAAGCAGAAACAGGGCGGAGUUUCGGGAGUGCAGCCGAUAUUUUUCGCGACUGACAACAACCGGUGAACGUGUGUGUAGAUGUGUGACAGCGGAGUGUGUGAGGACAAGCCCCCAGCCCCCCCUGUCAGGAUGAGUAGCCAAGGAGGUGCAAAGGACCCCCAGUCAGCCAAUCACAGCUCGCGGCCGCUGCCCUCCGUACCAGAGGAAAAGAAGCCCAGAAACAAGAUCAUCUCAAUAUUCGGCUCAGAGAAAGCAAACAGGAAGAAGGAUCGGGACAAGGACAGGCCCGAGAUCUCUUUCCCCUCGGACUUUGAGCACACCAUCCAUGUGGGUUUUGAUGCCGUUACCGGAGAAUUUACUGGCAUGCCGGAGCAGUGGGCCCGUCUCCUUCAGACCUCCAACAUCAGUAAAUCAGAGCAGAAACAGAAUCCACAGGCCGUCCUCGAUAUUCUCAAGUUCUACGACUCCACCAGUGGAAAACAGAAAUACCUCAGUUUUUCCGCCUCGGAUAAAGACUCACAGUCGCCAGGCAAGCAGGGUACUGCCACAUCCCCAUCUGGCAAAGAUGCCGACGACGAUGACGAUUAUGAUACGCCCCCCCCUGUCGUGGCACCGCGGCCAGAGCAUACUAAAUCAGUGUACACAAGAUCAGUGAUUGACCCAAUUCCAGCGACAGAUGUAGACAGCGCCUCUAAGGGAGCAGACAAGCAGAAAAAGAAAGGAGGAAAGAUGACCGAUGAGGAAAUAAUGGAGAAACUGAGAACUAUUGUCAGUAUUGGGGACCCCAAGAAGAAAUAUACCCGUUAUGAAAAGAUUGGCCAGGGCGCGUCUGGUACAGUUUACACAGCCAUAGAUGUUGCCACAGGACAAGAGGUGGCCAUCAAACAGAUCAAUUUACAGAAGCAGCCAAAGAAAGAGCUAAUCAUCAACGAGAUCCUGGUCAUGAAGGAGCUGAAGAAUCCCAACAUUGUCAACUUCUUAGACAGUUUCCUGGUGGGGGACGAGCUCUUUGUGGUAAUGGAGUACCUGGCUGGUGGCUCUCUAACUGACGUCGUGACAGAGACGUGCAUGGACGAGGCUCAGAUCGCUGCCGUCUGCAGAGAGGUCCUCCAGGCUCUGGAGUUUCUUCAUGCCAACCAGGUCAUCCACAGAGACAUCAAAAGUGACAAUGUUCUCCUGGGGAUGGAUGGAUCGGUCAAACUCACUGACUUCGGCUUCUGCGCUCAGAUCACCCCAGAGCAGAGCAAGCGCAGCACCAUGGUGGGGACCCCGUACUGGAUGGCUCCCGAAGUGGUGACCAGAAAAGCGUACGGACCCAAAGUGGACAUUUGGUCCCUGGGGAUCAUGGCCAUAGAGAUGGUGGAAGGAGAGCCUCCCUACCUGAACGAGAAUCCUCUGAGGGCAUUGUAUUUAAUCGCCACAAAUGGGACUCCUGAGCUACAGAAUCCAGAGAAGCUGUCACCUGUCUUCAAGUCUUUCCUUUCCCGCUGCCUUGAGAUGGAUGUGGAGAAGCGAGGUUCAGGCAGAGAACUGCUGCAGCAUCCGUUCCUGAAGCUGGCGAAGCCUCUGUCCAGCCUGACCCCGCUCAUCCUGGCAGCCAAGGAGGCCAUGAGGAGCAAUCGCUAAAUCUCAGUUUGAACACAAGAAAGAAAGCCAGGGACCGCCAAACAGUCAGCAUCCUCUCUCGGCCCACAUAUGAUGACUAUCAGCCGCGUGCUAGUGCUUGCGUAUUUCCAGUUGUCAUAAAAUGCUGCUCCAAUCUUCCAAGUGUCUCUGUACUGAUGCUCUUUAUAUCUUAAUGUGCCGUGUUCCAACGCCCGCACCCAGCCAUAGUGCGUUCCCUGUUCGCUGCGGGUGGAGUGAGUUAACAGGUCAGGAAUGCAAAGUCUCAGUUAUGGUGGACACUUUGCAGAUUUAGGGCCACAUUCACAAAGUAUCCCAUUUUAGUAAGACUGAAAGUCAGAAAGCUUUUGUUGGCCUUUCAUUCCAGAAUCCUGCCACGUCACCUCUGUAACCGCAUCCUAGGGUUUGUUCGUUGUUACAGGUGUGCUUUGUAGUGCGAUGGCUUUGAGUGUGGCACAGAGCGCUGGUCAAGUACAGGACAGUGAAUUGUUCUUUCUGUGGAGAAAAAAAAAACUCCCUGAAGAUCAAAUCACUCAAGUUAUGCUCCUCUUUUUUUCAGCUGCAUUGAACUUUUCUUUCUUUAUCUCGCAUUGGUAGGUGAUAGAUUGCAGCUUUUGUGUUUUCACCCCUGUCUAGCCCCAAAACGGUGUGCUUUGUUGUGCUCCAACGUCAUAAACCCCUGCUAUCAAACUUUUUCUGCUAGCACAAUCGAUGCAGAUUUAUCUGAAAGCUGUUCAGCGCAUGAAAAUAAAUAGUUUUAUAGAUCAUGGUGCCUAAAAGCCACAUUUCUCUCAGUAUGAUGCCUCAUCCAUGUCCUCUGUGUGUCUUUAGCCGGGCCUUCUGUAAUCUUUGCCUUAUUGUAGGUGUGUGUUCAGCACAAAUUCUGUAUGAAAUAGUUUGAAUGUUAAACUGGAGGAAGCCUUCUUACAUAUUUUGUAUAUUGUGUAAUGUCCUGUAUUUUUAACAGCCCGUAGUAUGGAUAUGGAUGUUUUGUAUGUGCAACUCAUGCCGCAGGAGACAGUUUUGACAUGUGUUUACUGAUUAGUCAUCGCUUCCUUAAACUAUACAGUUCUGGAUUCAUUGGUAAUUUAAAGACUCAGAUCCUGAGUUCAGCAGUAUUUGUAAACUCCCACUUUGACUUUGCAGAAGCACCAGAUGGGUCUACAAAAUCACUUGAAAACAUUGAGAAAUGGGCCAUUAUUUAGGGAGUAAAAACACUCGUGGGGCUCAACGAGGUGACACGAAGACUGAGAAAACCUUACUAAAUACCACAAUGUUGCCUUUAACCUGGACACACAUUCCAGUUAUACAUGUAAUAUGUGAUUUUGAACAGUAUGAAAUGGAUGUGUUGUUCAUUGUCGGUAAGCCAACAACUUUAGUGAUCGAAUA